UACACAACUACACAAGGAUGUCCUUUUGUUAUUUUUUAUUUUGCACAUAAAAUUGGCUUCACCCUUCUGGCUUCUACCUCUCUCUUCUCUUGACUCUGAAAGAGUGGAGACUAUUAACAAAACUCGAGCAUCCCAUCUCCAUCAAAAAAAAAAACCCCCAAAAGGAAUUAAGGUUUUCAAUGAUCAUGAAGAAACGUCAAGUGGUAAUGAAGAGUAGAGAUGGGGCUAAUGGAAGAGCAGAUGCUUCUACUACAUCAUCUUCAGUGUUGACAAGAGUUAGGUAUGGUGAGUGUCAGAAGAAUCACGCGGCGAACAUCGGCGGAUACGCUGUAGAUGGAUGCAGGGAAUUCAUGGCAAGUGGAGAAGAAGACACAAAUGGUGAACUGAUUUGUGCUGCUUGUGGCUGCCACAGGAACUUCCAUAGAAGGGAAGUGGAAACUGAAGUUGUUUGUGACUACUCUCCUCCUAAUUCUUCUUCUUCUCAUCGCGGUCAAUAGAUCGAUUAAUUACAAAGAAAUCAAACUUAGAUUGAUAUAGAUUGUUGAAGGGUUUUCUUUGUAGUGUUUCUCUGAAUAUGAUUGAAAAUUUUAAAUCUUAUAUAUAUAUAUAUAUCAUAUUCACA